AUGAAGUUUCUCGUCGUUCUCGUCUCCCUGGCCCCGUUGGCGUCAUCACUGCCAACUUACGCCCUCCCCAAGACUUUCGUAGCUGCCGAGGGCUGCGAACUUCCUGAAGGAUAUGUCCUAUCGAAGUUUACGACGUGGACGCCUGUCGGUAGCAAUGACACCUCCAUCAGCUUCAACUACUUCGAUGAGAGCACAAACAUCACAACGUCUUGCUACAAGAACUCGUCGUCGCAGGCGAUCACAUCCCCAGGUUAUGCCGCCAGAUAUCCUUGCGAGAACUCAAUCGUCAAGUUCAUUUGGAGCAACAGCAAGCUAGGACUUAUCGAGGAAGCUUGCCCGGAGGAUAGCAGCACAAGUUAUGAGGCAUCUGGAUCAGUUGUCCCGAGCUUGCAGUGCGCUUCGAAGAAUUGCACUGUUACUGGCGAGACUGGCUUACAAUGCACCAGUGCAAACCAGACUAUCACAGCUCAGUUCACGAGCCUGCAACCGGCACCCCCCAGCUGA